AUGCAUUCUCAUCACUCCCAUAGUGGAGACUAUGUCAGUCAUGCCACUGACACCCUAGAAGAAAUCGUAUCAACUGCUGAAUCAAAAGGAUUUACACAUUUUUGCUUGACAGAACAUAUGCCUCGUUUGAAUUCAAAGUUUCUAUAUCCUGAAGAAAUCGAAAAAGACUAUACUUGUAACGACCUUAAAGAAGUCUUCACAAAUUAUUUGAAGCAUGCACUGCAAAUGCAAAAGAAAUACAAUCUUAGGAAGACAAUGCGCUUACUUGUCGGUUUCGAAGUUGAAGGAGUUGAUGAUGAGCACAUCGAAUAUAGUAUAGCGCUAUUGAGGAAUCCAAGUAUUAAUAUGUGCGUUGGAUCUGUUCAUUAUGUCAACGGGAUACCUAUAGAUUUUUCCAAGGAGCUAUGGCUAAAGGCACGAGAUUCAACAGCGAAAGGCACGGUAAGAUGUCUUUUCAAAAAUUAUUUUGAUUUACAAUAUAAGGUUCUUUCUUCUGUGCAACCGCAGGUUGUUGGACAUUUUGAUCUAAUUAGGCUAUUCGAGCAACCUGAAGAAAUUGAUUUCACUACGGGUAAAAUGAUAAAGGACAUUGUUAUAGAAAGGGACUGGCCAGAAGUAUGGGAUUGUAUUAUUCGUAAUAUAAAACUUGUGGCUGAUUAUGGUGGAUUGUUUGAACUCAAUUCAGCUGCUAUCAGAAAAGGGUGGAAAACCCCAUAUCCGAAAAGAGAUAUUUGCGAGGCAAUUAAAAGGCAUGGAAACAGUAUGUUCUGCUUUUCAGAUGACUCACACUCUGUCAGCCAAGUUGGACUAAAUUAUAGUAAAGUAUGGAAGUAUGCUAAAGACGAGCUCGAAUUGGAAUUUAUCUGCUAUUUGGAUUUAGACGAAACUGGAUUAACGGUCGUUAAAAAGUUAACGUCAGAGGCUGUCGAUUCCUCUCUGUUUUGGAAUAAUUAUACAUGA